AUGUUUGGAUUGUUGUUUGGAUUGUCUCAAGAGGAACAUACCCCCUCUCGACAGCGUCGUGGUCGUGGUGGUUCGGGGAGCGGCUCCAUUGCGGGUUCCGCAUCGCCGUACAGCUCCUACCAGACAUCUCCUUCUCCAUUUCCCUCUCUUUCUCCUCCCGCUCCCGGUGUGGCACCCACUCCUGCUCCUGCUCAUGCUCCUGCUCAUCCGGCACUUCUGAGAGUUGCGGAGUUUGUUCGACAGCCGGGUCGUGACCAUCUUCCAUAUCUCACUCAGUAUCCACGUGGACAGGGUCAGACAUGGUUUGACCGAUCCGGGAACGGGAUCAGCGGAUGGAUCAACAGUAUGAUGUACUCGUCCCUCGACAAUGGACAUCCGACUUUCACCGACUUCCCUCUCGAGAAGCAGCAUAUGUGGUUUCAACAGUUUGCGCAACAAUUCAACUGGAAUGCCGAUGAUACGUUGUUUAUCUAUUACCACUUCGUCCAUAAAGUUAUGGACAACUAUGGGAAGCAGAUGCACUCGUGGAAGAAGAAGUGGGAAAUAAACAAGGUUCGUUUUUAUUUAUGAUACAAUUUUUUUUAU